GCAUGGUUUUAGAGUAAACAGUAAAUAUAAAACACGCUUCUUUUUAAAAAUCAUAAACAGUUUCCUUUGAAAACUAGUAUCAUUUAAAUACUUUUUUAACGUAUAAUGCAUAAAAAAAUAAUCUCUUCUACAUCGAUAUGGAUUAUUCUACUAUUCUUAUAUUAUUGUUCAUGUGAGUGUCCAAGUCCUGGUGACAAUAAUGUUAAAAUUGUAGACUAUAAUGAGUUAGUUGGCAAUUGGUUUAUGGUAGCAGGCACUCCAGUAAGAGAAAAAGUUGGGAAAUGUUUACAUUUUAGUGUUCAAACAAAUGGAACUAAUUCAUUUUUUAUGAAUUUCACGACAAAUAGUCCGAUAAAUAAUCGACGUCUUUUAUGGAAAGUCGUUGGUGAACGAUUAGAAGAUGAAACUCUUGCAACAUGGCAGCUUAAUGGUUCUUCUAAUGUACUAGGUCCAUUUCAUCAUAAAAUGUUGGCAAUGAAUAACACACACUAUUGCGCAAUGAUAGUUUGUACGGACAAUAAUUUGAAUAAAUAUAGAAGCACAUUUGGAAUGAUUUGGUCUCGAGAGAAAUUUCUACCGAGUAAAGAAUUAACUCAUCUUAAAGAGGAAAUUUCACAAUACGUAAACGGACAAGAUAUUGUUGAUGUUGAUAAUUCAUGCCCUGGAAUAUCGUUCUAAUUUUAGAACAGUAAAUAAUUAAAAAUAGAAAUUUUAUUUUUAUUUUCUUUAUAAUUUAAAAGUUUCAACAGUUCAUUUUUUCUAUCAAAACAAAAAAGUUUAUUUGGAAAACGAAAAAAAUCAAUAUCAGAAUAUAAAAAUCGAUCUAUUUAAUUGUUAAUUAAUUAUCAGGUGUGAUUCGUUUCAUUGAUUGUAAUUUAUCAGAAAUUAAAUAUUUUUUAUCACCACAUUA